AUGAGCCUCGAACUUCGACUGACGAAUGUCCUGCGGUGCCUGCAGCAAAACAACCUGUCGGCAGCGGGAUUCGUCAGUGCAAUAUUGGACAGCAGAUAUACCGCUCACGCUGCCAGCCAAGACUCGCUGACAAUGAACGCAGCUCACAUUUGUGCGCAGUUAUACGAUAAUGAGAACUCACAUACAUCGGUUUUUUCCUGGGCAGCAGGAACACUACGCAGAGAGCUGUGUAAGGAGGUUGCUGAGCUAUCGCUCGAGCACCACGGCCUCCACUUCAAGGCCACCUCCGCGACUGUGGAGCAGCUGGAAACGACUUUUAUGACUUUACUCGACAGCAGAGAAUACCGCCGUCGAAAAAUGCCGCACCCUGCUGGCCACGUUCCAGCACCCGAAGAUACCCCUUCACAGAAUGAGAUGGACUUGGGCGAGUUGGGUGGAGAUGAGCCACAUUUUGAAGACGAUGAUGACGGGGAUGAAGAGGACGAUGGGGAGUUUGACAAACGACCAAGGAAACGGCAGCGUCGUGCGGGUGAAAGGAAUGUAGCGCUACAACACAUCAAAACAAUAGUGAUAAUCAGCAUAUGCCUGCAAAAUACGAACGAAAGAUGCAACUGCUUACAGGGCUGGAUGGGCUUUUUCAUGAAGUCAACAGGCGUCCCUGAGAAGGUCAUUGAGGUCAUGGCACACGCAGGGCUAUCCGUCAGCCUGUCCACCAUAUAUAACAUGGUGACAUCUAUUUCGAAGGAGAUCAGCCGUGACAUCAAAAGGGAAGUCCGCACGCUCCGUGCAGCAUUCGCAUACGACAAUUUUGAUAUCGCCUUCAACGUUGCCCAGCCAACACUCGAAAACCGCUCCUCCUUUGUCAGUGCAACAUCCGCCACUGUGAUUCCACUAUAUGGUGUUGAUGAA